UGUGCGAGGCCGGGCGGGUGGCCGUGUAAACUACAAGUUUUGUUGCAAUUUUGGUAAACAUUCUGCCCAUUUAAGCUGUGAUUCCAUCAACCAUGUACUCUUGGUGGGCGUCCAUGCAACCAGACAUUGAGGGGGACUCAAAUAACCGCAGUGUCUUGCAGAGUUUCCCCGAAAAUGUUGGCCGGGAAGUGGUGCUGUCCGUCGUUCGGCAGUUGGCGAAUCACCUGAGUUUGACGGCAACGAGUAGCCGAAGUGGAAGCAAAUAUCAACGCAGCCCCUUGGACACAGAGAAGGAAGUGUUAUGGACUAUGGAGGUGAUCUGCUAUGGUCUGACCUUGCCACUGACGGAGCAGGAGGCAGUGAAGAACUGUGUCAAUGUUUACUGUGAAUGGCUGAGUGCCCUUACCAUUCCCAAGCACACAACUCCAACACCCCUACUGAAGGAUCCAAACUUCUUUGUCCAGAAGAUCCUGCAACAUCUCAUCAACUUAUUCCUUCCAAGAGUGCAACCCAGAUUGCAAGGAUUGAAUAUGCAUGAGACGACGACUCAGGUCAUGUUGUGUCACCGUGUCCUGCGGACCAUUCAGACCAUAGCCACAGAGAGCAUUGUUAUGACCCGACAGACUUGGGAAGCACUUCUCAAGUUUCUUCUGGCAGUCAACGACACCAUCCUAGCACCGCCCUUAGAACCAGGAGCAUUGUCUAUGGUGCCCAUUCCAGACAGCCUGGCAGAGCAACUCUGCGAGCGUCUUCUUAGUGUGCUCUUCGAGAUAUGGCUGCUGGCAUGCGGUCGCUGCUUUCCGUCACCCACAUUGUGGCGGACGCUGACGACCAUGUGUGCAACGUGGCGACAUCAUGCCGCAACAGUGGAGCAGUGGAAUAGAAUCAACAAGGUGCUUACGUCGAGAUUACUCAAGAUUCUGUAUGGACCAGAGUUUCCAACGCUCGUCAUUGCUGAAGAAGACUCUCUGAUCAUCCCCGUGGAGUUGGACAACGACGGCAUCGCGCAGACCUGGUUCCGCUUCCUCCACCUCCUGGGUAACCCCGUUGACCUCUGCAGGCCAAAGGUCAUCAGCUGUACUCCAAAGUUCCUAUCAGCAGCCGUGUCCUACCAGCCUGCCAUGGAGCCUCAUCAGUUUGCUUGCCUGCAAGCUCUGCCACACAUCUUCUUGAAGGCUAUGCGAGGAGUGUCUGUCGUCAUCGAUGCUUUCCUUGGUAUAUCAACCUACACGAGUACACCCACUGAUCCACAUGGUGCCCGAACGCCCACUCACCCAACCGGCGACACGCCCCCUCAAGGGCGUAAAAUCAGCAGGAAAGAGCAGAUGUCUACCAAACCAACCAAGGAGAAAGUGACGUCAAGUCACCCACCGCCGUUGUCGUCCCAGGCCUCAUGCGCAUCGUUCUGUACCGAGGAUACUGGCAGCGGGCGGAGCUUCCCAGCCCCUAAGAGGUCCGAGUGUAACAGCGUCCUCCACCUGUUUGGGGCGUGGUUGUUUGAGGCAGCGUUAACCGGUUGUAAGUCCCGCAAAAUUCUCCUGCCAUCCCGGCGGAGAUCUUUAGCUGUCGAUGCCUGCACUAACACAACUAACUUUCCUUUCGGCAAGGCAUUCAAGCGCCAUCAUUCCAUCGCUGUACCUGACGCCUCUCGCGCUGCUCACAUGAGCGAUCUCAGAGGGGUCUCAAUGCAGGAUCCGUUCUCCGCGUCCGUGGCAGCCAACCCUCUCUUUGAUAUGUCAGAGUUUCCCGAUAACUAUGAGGCGGGGAGAGCAGAAGCCUGCGGCAUGCUGUGUCGUAUCUUUACCAGUCGGAAGUCGUGUGAGGAGAUUCAGCAGGCCUACCUGGGACGAUUUUAUGUGGCUUUCAGUCAGGGAGUCCGGGUUGAUGAGGGGCUGAGUGGUCAGGUGCUAUCCAGCAUUCUCUACAACUCAACCAACUUACUGCGCAUUGAUCUGAAAGGAGUGCAGGUACUGAUCCCAGACAUCAUCACAGCUCUACAGAUUGUGCUGCCUGAGAGGGAGAUGAGAUUCCAGUCUCUGGUGUCAAACUAUCAGCUACGUCGGGCAUCCAUUCAUCUAUUGCUGUCCAUGUUGUGUUUGCCUCAUCACUUUAAGGAUCUACCAAUACAAGAUCUGAUGACUGGGAAGGAAAUGAUUACAGAGGAUCUUCUUGGUCGGCCAGAGCUCGUGACGUUUCUCUCCCUCAAACCUAAGCUAGUAGAUCUCAUGAUUACAGCAGUACAGUGUGAAACGGACUCCUACAAUACACAAAUGCUCCUGGGAGCGAUGCAUUUCUGUGUACUGGACUCGGCAAUGUCUGAGGAGAUGGAAGCGAUGCAGGCUGAGAUGGAGCAGCAGAAAAACAUCUUGCAUGAGGAGGAAGAAGAAGAAGAUUCAGAUGAAGUGACAAAUGAGAGAGAGAAGACAAAGAGGGAUAGUGAGAUUGAUGACAAGCGUGCUAGUGGUACUGGGAGUAGGACAUCCUCUCGCAGCUCUUUCACUGGUAGAUCAGAUUCAGCUUGGAUCAUCUUUGUACGCUGCUGUCACUUGGUGUGUCAGAGGCUGAUGUCAGCGUGGAGUACUGAUUACACAGUCGCCUUAGCAGCUCUGGAACUCCUGGCUGGACUAGCUAAAGUCAAGAUCAAGAUACAAGAUUCAUUGGAAUGUAAGCGAGCUGUAAAGUGGAUCUGUGAUCACAUUGUGUACCAGUGUAGCAGACCGUCCAUGUAUCAUUCCAGAGAUCUACAUUCCAUUAUUGUAGCUGCGUUUCACUGUUUGACUGUCUGGCUGAUUGAACAUGAAGAUCUCCUCAAGGAUAAGGAAUGUCUGCAGUGCGUUCUGGAGGUUGUAGAGCUAGGGAUAUCAGGCACAAAGUCACAGCGCAAGGCGUCUGUAGCGCCAGUGUUCAAGCAGGACAAGGAAUUGAAGCCUGCCUCUAUGAGAGUCAAGGAUGCAGCAGAAGGAUUGCUGGCUUGCAUUCUCUAUCAUGUGGGUUGCUUCCCCAACCCCUGUGGUCCAGCCUCCAUAGGAUCACUCCUUGAUGAGGAGUCAUUACUCAAGUACAGCAUGUCUGCUAACAGCCACUACUUGCAGCAGCAACCGACCUUCAGGUACUUUGUACUUGAGAACACCACCCUGGUGGCUGUACUGGAGAGACCACUUACAGAUAACAGUGAUGAGAUAUUGCCAACAGUUACCUCCAUUGUACGGUGCCCUACAGGCCGGCAUGUGUGGACCAUGCAGCUACGACACUGCUCUAAGAAAGAUAAGACGGACACGUCAUUCCGUCUGACGACCAUCAACAGACCGGAACCAGAUGACAAUGUGGGCACUCACCAUGAAAUCACCUCACGUCACUUCCCAGAAACUGUGGAUAAAAUUCCUCUCACUCAAGCUGAUCAGAGCAUCCCAUCCUUAGAAGACAUUGAAUCCGACGUGACAAGAUCAGACCACCAGAAACUAGAGCAUCUGAUUGAUGAGCAGACAGAGUAUGAGAAGUUCGUCUGUGAGACAGCGAGGGAGGAGAUUGAGCGAGGGGGCUUCCCCAAUGCGCGGACGGAAUGCAAGCCACCCAAUCCAUGUCGUGAGUUCAGCUCGGCCAGACUCAUUCUAUCUCACAUGGGAUACCUGAGUCUAGACUCUCUCAAGGAGACUUCAAACACCCCAAUCCCACCUGCAGUAGUUGCACUUGAUAGCACCCUUGGUAGUUUUGCCAGUGAUCUGAACCUUCUAGACGCUAUACCCAGCCGCACGUACGACACUGCAUUCCUCUUCUAUGUGAAGGCGGGACAGUCUAGUGCAGAGGAAAUCAUUCAUAAUGUGACUGACAGAUGUAAUGUGCAGCCACAGUUCUUAGAGUUCUUAGGUCUUCUUGGAUGGCCAGUUGAUGUUCAUAAGCAUGCUGGUUGGACAGGGAAUGUGGCUACGAGCUGGAAAAUGACAUGUGCUAAGGAGAAGGAUGGCACAUCAGAUGAAAGCACAGAAGAUCCUCUAGCACAGUCAUCGGAAUCACAUGGUGGCAGUCUUUAUAACGGAGAAACCCACGUACUAUACCAUGCUGAUGUCAUGUCCGAGAUAGCAUUUGUAGUUCCUAGUCUUAGACAUGCUGGCCAUGGAAACAGAAGGCAUUCAACUGGAGACGCUAUUGAUUCUGAAGAAGUGACCAAGCCAUCCCCGUUGCUUACCCACAAGAGUAGCAAGUCACUCCCUAUGAAUCUACGCUCCUUGACCCUGGAGCUACCCCCAGAGACUGCUCCGCCCAGCACACCACCCCAGGUCAGCCCAAUGAGCUCAUUGGAGAGAGGGAGGAAGUCUGUACACAAGAAGGGGUUAACGGUGGGCCCUGAGAUCAAGGUUUUGAUCGUCUGGUUGGAGACUUUUGAUGACCGAGAAGCUUUCCCUUUGACUGAGCUCCUUGAAGAAACACAAACCGGCCUAGACACCUUAUGCCAAGUGAAGCCUGUCCUUGAACCAGUAGUCGUUCUGAUGUUCAUCCACCCCUUGAAGAGUGGUCUCUUCAGGAUCCACAUGCAUGGCAGACCGAACCAGGCCAUACCAUUAGUGGACGGUAUGGUGGUUAGCCGUAGGUCUCUCGGGACGCUGGUCAGACAGACAGCCAUUAAUGCUUGCCAUAGGAAACGAAUGGAGACAGACUCGUAUUCUCCACCCCAUGUGAAGAGGAGACAAAAGAUACAGGAUAUGGCUUAUAAGUAUCGCAGUCGCCUCUCAGUGCCGGAGUUCUACACUGCGCUGUUUGCUGACAGUAACAAAUGAUUUAACCAACACAAGAGUUAUAGGUUUUGUGCCAUUGCAUGGCGAGGUAGCAAAGUGUAUUUUGGCUUGGGUAAUACCAUGUGAUGUAUCAAUUUUGCUGGGUCAGUCCCCUAGUGGAAACAUUGAAACCUAAAAUUUACCCUCUGUGUGGCAGUGAUGUUAACCCUCUAAUGCACCUCUUAUUUUAGUGAUAAAUUUAUCAUGAAGACAAGUUUGAUGUAUAUUCAGUUUUGUUUUUCAAAUGUCAACCCCCCCCCCCAAAAAAAAAAA